CGGCGGCGGCUGCUGCUGCUGUUCCUGUCGAACCAUCCACUUUUCUGCGCUCUCUCAUCCGCACAGGCCUCGCUGCUUUGCGCGCAGCAGCAACGCCGCGCCGCGGCCCAGAUCAGGAAGUGAACGUGAAGACAACAAGCGACUGUGGAAGGUAGAAUGACAUAGAGGAGGAGGAGAGGUGUAAAAGAGACGCAGGCGGAGGAGGAAGGAAGAAGAGACCCACGGAGGGAGAGACCGACCCUGUUUCUGCACCUGCAUUGAGCCGCUCCCCUCUGGAACACACUGUAGUCGCUAAAAAUGCUCAUAAAGGAAUUUCGAGUGAUUCUUCCCAUCUCAGUGGAAGAGUACCAGGUGGGCCAGCUCUACUCUGUGGCCGAGGCCAGUAAAAAUGAGACGGGGGGAGGAGAAGGAGUGGAGGUGCUAAAAAAUGAACCCUACGAGAAAGAGGGGGAGAAAGGACAGUACACGCACAAAAUCUACCAUUUGCAGAGUAAAGUCCCGUCAUUCGUCAGAAUGUUGGCUCCGGCCUCUGCCCUCAACAUCCAUGAGAAAGCCUGGAACGCAUAUCCUUAUUGUCGCACAGUUAUCACUAAUGAGUAUAUGAAAGACAACUUCCUGAUCAAGAUUGAGACAUGGCACAAACCUGACUUGGGACACCUCGAAAAUGUUCAUGGUCUGGACGCAGAAACUUGGAAAAAGGUGGAUGUUGUUUAUAUUGAUAUAGCAGACAGACACCAAGUGGAGCCCAAGGACUAUAAGCCAGAAGAAGACCCGUGCAGGUUCAAGUCAGUGAAGACAGGCCGAGGUCCUUUAGGACCAGACUGGAAGAAGGAGCUUCCUAACAAGAAAGACUGCCCACACAUGUGUGCCUACAAACUGGUCACUGUCAAAUUCAAGUGGUGGGGGCUGCAAAACAAAGUGGAAAACUUCAUUCAAAAGCAAGAGAAGCGUUUGUUCACUAACUUCCACCGUCAGUUGUUCUGCUGGAUCGACAAGUGGAUUGAGUUGAACAUGGAUGAUAUUCGUCGCAUGGAGGACGAGACGCGCAAAGAGCUGGAUGAGAUGAGAGUGAAGGACCCUGUGAAAGGAAUGGUGGCUUUAGAAGACUGAGGCUGUAUCAGACCGUGAAUGCUGCUGCUCAUCAGAGUAACCAGACACCAGCAGGUUCACAUCUUCCUUCUGUUCCCCCUGAUGCGGCACCUGACCAGCUGAUGCUAACUCUGGUCUGGAUCAGACAACAGCCUGGUUUUUUGGGGACCUGGGUCCAACAAAUACCUAGUUUUUUGAGCCAACCUUCAUUCCAUUCCAGCUCCCUUCAAUUCCAUUUGCCCUUAUUGGUUUUCCCAUGGGUGUCACCAUCUACCUGUAGUAACUGCUCUGAGGCCUCCACUAGCAACACAGUAGUCAGUCCACUCUGUUCUUAACUGCAGAGCAGAGUGACAUUAUUUGUUUGUCAAUUCAAGAUAUCCCAACAUGUAUAUACUGGGGAGCAGAAGCAUUGUACCACAACUAUAAAUAUAUAUAUAAAUAAAUAAAUAGAUAAGCAGGGUUUUUAAAUUUUAUUUUCUUCAGAAUGUCUGUGAUUUAGUUGUGAUCGGGGGGGGGGGGGGUAGAUCUAGAACUACAAGAAAGGUAGUUCUGUCUUAGACUAAUUCUCCCGAGGACUUCCUGGCCUGGAUGAGUGAGAACAUUCCCAGCAUUCUACUUGGUGUUGCGUUUGAUUCUGUGACUUGUUUUUUUUUCUCUUCAUCAUUGUUCUGGAUUUGUCAUGUAUAAGUUUUGUUGUUAAAAUCCAUUUGCGAAAUUUGAAAAUGCCCUGUGAGCUCCUGCCGAUGUGUGAUGUAAAAUCUGACUCCUUCUCUCACAGUUUUAUUCGCCCCUUAUUUGUCGCUGACGUCAUGGUUUGUGUGUGUGUGUGUGUGUGUGUAUUUUGCUGAACCUUCUAUGCUUUGGUUUUUUUUCUUGUUUUCCAGGAUCCAAUAUGUUAAAAUACAGUAACUGUCAGAAUAUUAUCUCAAUGAAGCACACACACACACGCACACACACAGAGUUGAGGGAAAUUAGCUAUAGCCUACAAAUAUGAUGACAUAGAACAUUCAUACAUCUUACUGUAGGACGGUCCCUUGUUUAUUUAGGUCUGACACCUGGCAGUUUUCUUCCUUGUUUACUUUUCCAACCCCUAAAAUUAAACACAUCUUUCUCCCUGUCACUCAUCCCAUCAUUUCUGCCGUGGAUAAAAAGGUUUUAUCCAGUACAAGCAAUAACUACCAUCAGACAUGAUUCUCUGUUUUUAUCGCCACAGAUCUACGUUUUGUGCUGCCGUUCACUCAGAAAGUGAGUGAGUUUUGGGUCAUUGUAUUUACCAGGUGUUGAUUUGAUUGUGUCCGUCUUUAGUUGCAGUGGGGGUUUUUUCUCCUGCUGGAACCUGGAGUCUGUUGUUUGUGAUAGUGUGGUGUUGUGGUAUAUGCAUGGGUGUACGUGAGUGAGGUACAAUGGUGUGUUUCUGAAGACUAAUGCUGGAGUUGGAGGGGGAUGUAGUCGCGAGGCUCAGCCUUCCUACUUCUCACUGAUGUCUGUUUGGCAUUUCUAUUUUCCUUUUCACCCAUUCUUCACAUUUCAUAUUCGGCACUCAUUGUUAACAGUGUGGGAACUUAAAGAGGUCACGGAGUGGUGUGGAAUAAAAAGCUAGUAUAGAGCUAAAAGGAAGCACACUUAAAAGUUUGAUUCUUUACAUCGCGUGUGUAAAAUGCAUUGAUCAAGAGUCGAAUCAAAUAAAUAUUUAUCAAUUCCUGUGACAAA